AUGUACGUGGAUGAAGUUGACCAGCGAGACUGGGAUGAGUAUGCUGAGCGGCUCACAUUUGCCAUUAACACUGCACAAGAUCGGAUCCGGGGGGAUACCCCAUUUUAUCUGAUUCAUGGGUGGGACCCGCGAUCGACUUUGGAGGCUACGCUAUCAGUAGGAAUACGGGAACACGAGAUCGCGAUCCAAAGAGGUGGAGAUACAAAAUACAAAGACAAUACCAGCGAGCCCGAUCUGCGAUUCGAAGAAGGGUGUGCGAAGAAGCUAGCGCAUGUGUGGCAUGGUCCAUUCCGAGUUGUGAACAUAUGUGGAGAUCACGCUGUGAAAUUGGAGAUCGCUGGGACCCCAUAUCGGCUAUUUCCGAGUGUACGUCUAUCGAAGCUGAAGAAGGUAAAGACAUUCCCUGAACGGCCAAAGGAUCAGCUUACGAUAGACGAAGGAGAUCGCUUGGACUUUGACGAAGCUCUGUUACCAGAAGACAGUUGGGAGAGCGAUCUUGAAGAAGGGGAAUACGAAGUAGAAGAAAUAUUGGACGUGCGAUCUAGUCGGAAAAUCCGUUAUGGGCGAGUACACCGACAGUUUCUGGUGAAGUGGAAGGGAUAUCCCGAUUUAAGUUGGGUAGAUGAGGCCGAUCUGAGUUGUGGGGCGAUCUUGCAAGAGUUUGAGCGGAACUGA